AUGUCGUACAACUUCUCCAGCCAACGCUACGCCGUGUCGUCCUACAGCUGCUCGACGACGAGUUCUGAUAGCGGGACCCGCACCAUGGGCAAGGCGUACGAGGCAACAGCACAUACGGACCCGUCUGGGACGCGGAUCCAUACCACGAGCCGGAAUCUCGGCGGGCCGAUGAUCGAGGAGACGAGGUAUUAUGAUUCGGAAGGGAACCAGGUGCUCGAGGGCGGGAAGACGAUCAAAGAUAGCAGCAGACAGGUGGGGAGGAUCGAGAGUGUGGAGGAGAUAGACGAUGAGGAUGCGGGGAAGUAG